CAUGACCUUCAUGAGUUUUUUUUUCCAAUUAUAAAAACCAUACCGACCUCAAACAAAAGUAAAAGCAAUAUAAAAAAGCACAAAAAUGGCGUUUGCUCCAAAGAUCAUCACAUGCCUCAUCGUCUUGACAGUAUACAUGAUACCCCCAGCGGAGUCAACCAUCCAGUGUGGGACAGUGACGAGCACACUUGCACAGUGCGUGAGCUACUUGGUCAACAGUGGUCCAUUGCCAUCAGCAUGCUGCGUGGGAGUCAAGUCAUUGUACCAAAUGGCUCAGACCACAGCGGAUCGGAAACAAGUAUGUGAGUGCCUUAAAGUAGCGGGUAGAGAAAUCAAGGGCCUCAACACCGGCCUUGUGGCCUCACUUCCUACCACUUGUGGUCUUUCAAUUCCCUACCCCAUCAGUUUCAGCACCAAUUGUGACAAUAUAUCGACUGCCGUGUAAAAGAGGCUAUGUAAGCUGAUCAUGAUCUGAUGUCGACGACUACUCAAACUUGCCAGCUUUUUGUUAUUUUCACCUAAAUAAAAAUGUAUUAAUUCUCCUGUAAUCUCUCAUUUUUAUGACUCUAUUUUCUUAUCUAUCUAUGUAUUGUAAUCAUUUCAUAUGUUACUCUCUC